CUAACAUUAAUUUAUUCCCUCCCAUCUUCGCCCUUUAGAUGGAUGCAUCCAUCUUUCCUCUACACCACCUUCGCUUCACUUCUUAUACUCUAGCAUCUUGACGUAUUUCCUCUACUUCACCAUUCCUCUGCCAACCACCCUCACUUCUAGCCUCACUACCCCGCAAAGACGGUGUGUCACAUAGCAACCUGCAAGGACAUGAUGGCGCAGAGAAUCAAUCACAUCCGCCAUGUCGGCGAGGGCAGCAAAUCAGGAUAUAACUACUAUCCCGUCCUCAUCAUCGGUGCUGGCGAGUCUGGCAUUGCCAUGGGUUGCAGAUUACGUUCGGUCCUGGGCUUCGACCAAUUCCGCAUCUUCGAACGACAGUCUGACCUUGGUGGGACGUGGUAUUCAAACAGAUACCCUGGGAUAGCAUGCGACAUCCCAGCCAUUCUAUACUCCUUCUCCUUCAAUCAGAACCCAUACUGGACCACCCUCUUCCCCUCGGGCAAGGAAAUCGUUCGUUACCUGUAUGAUACAUGCGAAAAGUACCAGAUCCUUGACAAGAUCCAGUUCGAUACAUCCGUCAAAAGCGUGCGCUGGAUGGACGAUGCAGAAGAGUGGGAAGUCGUUCUGGAACAUCUCGCGCCUGGCGUCGGGGACAUGGCCACCUAUGAAAGAAACGCAUUUGAAGCAGAGAAGGGAGUGGGCUCGUCGGUCCUCUACACAGAGACUGUCCGCGCAAAGGUCGUGGUCAGCGCCGUGGGAGGUCUCGUGGAGCCAAAACCACCUCUGGAUGUGCCCGGCAAGGAGACAUUCGAGGGCGAGAUUGUGCACACGGCCAGGUGGAAGGCCGACCUGAAUCUGCAAGGAAAGGACGUGAUUGUCAUUGGUACCGGUUGCAGCGCUGGACAAGUGAUGCCUCAACUUAUCAAACCUGAAUACGGAGCGAAGACUGUCACUCAGCUUAUGCGUUCUCCACCCUGGGCGGUCCCGUUCAUGCCGCCAGAAGCGAAGGAAUUUUACCUAAAAUGGAUUCCCUGGUUGUGUCAGCAUGUUCCAGGCUUCCAGAACAGCUUUCGCAAGUUGUUCUUCACCGCCAUUGAAGCCGAGUUCAUCAGCCUGUUCUCUCCGACCGAAGGUGCGCGGCACCGACGGAGCAAGAAGGGUGAAGAACUCCUUGCCUAUCUCCGCUCGAUAGUCCCCGAAGAAUACCACGAGAUCAUGACGCCUGACUAUGAAGUGUUUUGCAAACGACGCGUGGUGGACGAAGGAUGGUUCAAGUGCUUGCAGGAACCCAAUGUGGAGAUCACGAGCUUGCCCAUCACCUCCAUACAGCCUCAUUCUGUGACCCUCGGUCCUGGACGAUACUACCCGCCCAUGUCGAAGACUGAUUCCAAGGUGCCGACCGAAGCUCGCACCGUCCCCGCAGAUGUGAUCAUCAUGGCCAAUGGUUACGAGACGAACCAGUGGCUUCACCCUCUUGAUGUGACCGGCCGUGAUGGUCGGUCGCUUUACAAGACCUGGGCUGACCGAGGAGGUGCCCAGGCGUACAUGGGCACGGCAAUGGAUGGCUUCCCCAACUUCUUCAUGAUCUUUGGUCCCAACACAGCUACUGGCCACAGCAGCGUUAUUCUUGCCUCGGAGAACAUGGUGAAUUACUCACUCAAAUUCAUCGACCCCAUCCUUCGUGGCGACGUGGACACCUGGGAGGUCAAAGAGUCUGCUGAGCGCAAGUGGACGUCAGACUUGCAAUCCCAACUCAAGAAUUCCGUGUUCUUGUCUGGCGGAUGCAGAUCCUGGUACGUGACUGAAGAUGGUUGGAAUUCGACCGUCUACCCACGUACCCAGAUCGACUUUACCUUGCGAUGUAUGUUCCCCCAAUGGCGUCACUGGGACGCCAAAUAUACUCGCAAGGGUCUUCUCAAGCUUCAACUCGGACGUAUCUUGAAGCUGGUUGGUGUCAUCAUGGCGCUUUGGGGAGCUGUUUUCACCGCACGGAAUGGUGCGAAGAAUACUAGAGACGUGUUGGUUCAGGUGGUCAAGCGAACUUUGGAGGGUGUUCGAGGUUUGUUAAACAAGGUAAGAUAGAUCUUAAGAUCUUGAGCUGAUCGCCAUCUCGGCGUUUUACUGUCAUAUUUUGCGAUAUAGGGGGAUAGACAUAUACCUAGCAGAUGCAGCGUUGGAUGACUACAAUUUUCUUCAAGAGCAAUGACGGAUAGUUAGAUAGGAUCUUAGUAUAUUGGGAC